GUAAACUAACCUGGUAGUAGGUGAACCCAAACGCGCUUGCCUGUUGUGGUGGCGACCGUAUUAACUAUAACGUUUCGCGUUUUUGAGUGAAAAUGGUGAUUUUUUUAUAGUGACUUAGUGAUUAUUUGGGAUUUAUCCAGGAUGACUAAAGGAAAGUGCCAUAUCCCGAAGGCUCUUCUUCAUAUUAGUAACGUACUUUGGCAUUUGGACAUCUUCAGGGAGAACUUUGAGAGUUUAGAAAACCAUGCUUGUCUGGUCGAAUCCUGCCUUUUUUGCCUACUUAAGGCCCUUUUCAAGGAACUCCAAGUCAGCCCGGCAAAAGUCCUACCGCCCGAUACCCUGAGAAAAAUCUUAUCAGACUUCUUCAAAGAUGAUGCCAAACUGAACAUCAGAACUACAGAAGAUGCAGCCGAAUGCUUCGAAGAUAUUCUGCAGCAAAUCCACUAUCACGUGGCCUACAAGAACAUCGACGACAAAUGUAUGGUUCCUAAUUGUAUACCUCACCAAAAAUUUGCCAUGAAGUUGGUAGAGCAAGCCGUAUGUAGCAGAUGCGGCAUAACUAACAAACAUCUUGAGUACACACAAAUGAUUCAAUAUGUGUCAACAUCAGCCUUGGUCUAUCAACUCAGAAGUAACAUAGAACGCGCUGAUCCAUUCGGACGAUUGAUCCAGAGGGCCAGCAAUAUGGGGGAGGCAGGAAAAUGCUUGGACCCAUGUGGCUACCCGACGUACACCAACCGAGUUCUCAGGAACUACCCUGAAAUCGUAUCGAUUGGCUUGGUGUGGAACUCAGAAAAACCACCCCUAGACCACGUGCUAGAAGUGAUUACAUCCAUAGACACCACUUUGCAUCUCAAUCAUAUAUUCAACAACGUUACAGACUUUAGAUGGAACGAAAAAGUUUCUCAUAAGUUAGUAGGCUUGGUGACCUACUAUGGCAAGCACUACUCCACCUUUUUCUAUCACAAAAAAUUAGCCGAGUGGAUUUAUUUGGAUAACGAGAACGUUAGGACAGUCGGAACCGAAUGGGAGCAAGUGGUAGAACAAUGCAAAAGAGCCAAAUUCCAACCAGUACUACUUUUCUACGCUAUCCCGAACGAGAUGUGCAUAUCCAAAAUCCUCGGGACCAAUCAGCAACAGUUACUAAGACGCUCAAUCACUCCCAGUCCGGAGAAACCCAAUAUGGACCCAGCGAGACGUGCAAUAACCCCAAAUCCAGAUAACCACCUUAUGUAUCAAGACUAUGUGAAACAGGCUCAACUCAAAUAUAACCUAAACAACCCAGUCAAGCAGCAAGUGAGUGUCAGGAGAACACUAAGCACAGGAUCUUCUUCAGGGGUUGAAUCUAGCGCCUACGUAUCUGAUCACAGUAACAACUUAAAAAGGCGUGACAGUGGCAACUGGAGCGGAGAUAGAAACAGCGCCUCCUCAGCUUCCUCCACCACCAUGGAAAACCCUUACUUUUACUUAGUAGGCAAAAUGCCACAAGGAAGCCCUACUAAGGUAUGCAACGGGAAUUUCCCUUACGACGGUGGCUACGACUCCUACUCACUCUCUUCCAAUGAUAGCACCAACCUAAUCAACAACAACCAAUACGCCAUGAAAGCCAACCAUCAAUUAGCGCAAAUCCCUGAAGAUUACACCAACAUGGCCAGCAACUCUCAAAGUUGCGACGUCCUUUGCGACCAAGCAGACGAACUUCUAGUGAAAUCGCGACAACUAGAAGACACGCACGACCUAGUUCUAGCACUAGCUCUGUGCAAUGCGGCAGCAACUAAAGCAAGAGCUGCCAUGGAUGCCCCUUAUAAUAAUCCACAAACCUUAACUCUAGCCAGGAUGAAGCAUAACACAUGUAUAAUGCGUGCCAGAAGCUUACAUCGUAGGAUGGCCCUAGGACCUAACUCCCAAGAAGGUAGAAGAUCACGUGAAGGAAGACAUUCCAGACAAAACUCCCGGGAUAAAGGCAACCAUUCCAGGCAGCAAAGCCUUGAAGAGAAAGAGAAACCAAAACCGGUAAAGAACAUUGAAAUAUACGCCACCUUACCUAAGAAAAAGAACGAACUUAAGGCGGCGAUCAGUGCAAUGGCCAACAGUGACGACACUAAAGACGAAAGCUUAUAUGAUAUGAUCAAAAGGAAAUCGAGAGGCGCGGUGCAAACAAAAGAAAAACGUUCCAGAAGUGAAGAUAGAAACAAAAUCAUCCGGACAGACUUUUCUAUAGCUCCUUCACAAGUGGAACCUACCAAAAAAGAAGAGAAAAAAACACAAAAAGACACUAAAGACGACGAAACUAAAGGCAAAAAGGGCCAUAAAAUACGCAGGAAACUCUUAAUGGGCGGAUUGAUUCGACGUAAAAACCGUAGCAUGCCGGACCUAACAGAUGCCAAUCAAGAAGCGAAAUCUGCUCCAGUAGAGGAUGAUUGCCUGAAGAAAUCUCCCGUAGAACCAAAAACUAACGAUAACGGAUAUUUAUCUGAGGGCCACUUAGAACCAAGUGAUUCCUAUCAAAACCCUAACCUAGAAAGGAGCAAACUUAUGAGAAAAAGUUUUUAUGGUAGUGCCGGCAAGAUAUUAACGGCUGCAAAAGUGCCUCCACCACCGCCGUUAAGAACCACAUCAAAACUGAGCCACUCAUCGUCAAACGCUUCGGAGAAAUCCGAUAAGGUGGAUGAAUAUUACAAAACCUCUAACUUUUCCAGAGACCAUUCACCUGAGAAGCAAUCUCCCAUGUCUCUACCUUAUUACGGAAACUCCAACAGUUCUUUUGACGAUGACUCGUUCAGUAAUCCUUCUUCUAGAACUGUAGUCACUCAGGCUGAUGUCCAUCAAGCCCCUGCUGAUAAUGGAGUGGAUGAAGUAGAUUGUUUUGUAGCUCCCUCUAGUGUGCCCUUAAUGGAUUUGCCUCCAUAUCCAAGCCCUGCUGGGUCUGUCAUACAUUCAAGGCAAAACAGUGCUGACUUACCUCCGCCACCUUCACAAGUUGAGUUACUAACUUUGGAUCAGAGCAAAAUAUUACCAAGCAGACUUGCUUACCCUAGCAAACCAUAUCCUAAUCAUUACAUUGGUACUGCGUCUACCGUACGCACCAAUGGGGAAAACAGUUUGCUUAAAGAGUUAGAAGCAAAACAAUCAGAUUUAAGGUCUAGAGGCAAAGGAGCAGAUGUGGUUGAUUCUCCAAGAAGUAAUGACCAACAAGAGUAUACCAUACAAGACACCAGUAUUGUAAAACAUUUGGCUUUGCGAUUUGAAAACAAGGAGGAACUCGAGGCUUGCUUUAGGCAAAAGAUUUAUAAGAAGCCCCCAGAGCCUCCCAAGCCACCCGUAAAACCUCCUCCUGCAGAGAAUAUUGUCGAGCCUCCCAAGCCUUUGGCUGUAGAAACCAAAAGCAUCCAAGAACGUAUUGCAGAAGAGAUACGUGAAGUUGAAAUGAUAACUUCAGCAGUAAAUAAAGUAUUUUCUGACGAGAAAACUAGAAUAGCUGCUCGACCUCAGAAAAAGAAAAGUGUAUCGUUCUGCGACCAAGUGACUUUAGUAUCCACGGCAGAGGAGCAGGAAGAAGAAGAGCACAUUCCCAAUCCAAUAUUGGAAAGAGUGCUGCGAUCAGCCGAGAGUAAUCCACCAGAGAAACAACCUGCUGUUAUACCACAAUGGAACCAACAAUAUUAUCCUCAAACUGUAGAACCUGCUUUAACGAGGACUUACUCGGCUGAAAAUGUUUUGGCCCAAGACUACCAGCAUCAAACCUAUACUGCUCAGCAGGACUACAGCAGAAACCCGCCUCAAGUAGCUCAACAAGACUACUACUUUCCACAGCAAUAUCAGCACUAUCCUGAUCAAUCUGCUCCUGCUAUAGCUAGAAUGAAUAUAACCAACCAUAACAGACCUCCUCAAGACAUUUACUAUGCGCAGCAAGAGAGAGCAAUGUAUCCAGCUUACGCACAACAACCAAGAACAUAUCCUAAUAGCCAUCAGCCCCAACCAGUUCCUAUUCAAAACCAUCAACAAGUCUAUGCUAACACCCAAUCGAUGAACUAUCAUCGUGCUCCUGGUUAUAGAAAUAGUCCCAAUCCAAUGGCUUAUCCUGCAAGGAAUGAUUAUCCUCCCAUGGUUCAGUAUCCUCCAGGGAGACAGAUGGGUGUUUCGCCUCUACUAAGGAAAGAGGAAGAACUCUACCCAGAUAUGUCCGGUUAUAGGCAACAUCAGGCUCUGCAGCAGAGACACAGUUUGCCCAAUGGGGUGCAGGAGUGUAGUCUACCGCCACCACAACCCGUAGUUACUCCCAUAGUAGUAAAUAAUUCUAAUAAUAAGACCAAGUGCAAGUUGUGCCAGAAGAAAAGUGUGGCCUCCCUGAACGUUUAUUGUCAGGAUUGCGAGUUUUAUAUGUCGAAGUUUAGGCCUAGUUAGUUCUUAUGGUGCUAAUUAUUUAUGAGAUUAAUAUUAUUAUUUUUAUUGUACAGUUGGCCUUAUUGUUGUUUGAUGUCAAUGAUACUCAUUAUUGUUUAAGUUAUUUGUAUAUAUUGUUUUAGGAUUUUUUUGUUUGUAAUAUAAGUAGUUUUUAGUGUAAUUGCAACCAACCUACAUGGAAACACUGCCUAAAGUUUAAAUUUUUGAAAUAUUCUGUUGAAUAUGUCAGUAAGAGACGUUUUGUUAUAAAAACUUAUAAAUUAAGACUUCUGUGAUGCGAAUAAUUGAGUGAUGAUUUAAAAGCAUUCCAUCCGUAAAAUGUAUUAUUUUUUAAUUGUUUUAAGUUUAUUAUAAUGUUUAUGUACAUUAACAAAAUUUAUUUGAGCAUAGUUUUAUUUUUUUUCUUAGUUUGUAAGUGAUGUCGUGUUAAGGUGUUAAGAAAUAAAGUAUUUUUAAAAAACGUU